GCCCGAGGGGGCAAAGCUAAAGAGCUGCCCCGGCUGGGGCGCGGGCAUUUGGGAGCCCUGAAACAGCCCAUCCUUUCCUGCGGUCCCCUUUUUGUAGAAGCAGGCGCGGGAGGGAGGGCAGCCGCUUUGUCCCGCGCGCCGCCGGGCUCCGCCGCCUGUGGCGGGCAGGGGCGCAGCCCGCGGGACACCCGGUUGGCGCGGGCGGCCCUUCGGCUCCGCGUCGGCUUUCCAGCCCGCCCUCCAUUUGGCAAGGCUUUCUCCUGCGCGCCUACUGUGCGCGCGCGCGUGGUGCCCACUGAGCGCAGGGGGGCGCUCUGCAGCCCGGGCCCUGGGGCCCCGACCCUCCCCCGCCGCCCUCUGCCCUAUUCCCGAGGGCGGGCGUCCCGGGUCGGAUCAGGCUGUGUAUUUGCAAACCGUGCUUCAGGAAUCGGUUCUGGGGUGCCUCCCUGGUUGGCAACAAGGUUUUUCCCCGGUUGUAGCCUGCCCCUGCCCUGGGUCACAUGCCGUCGCCUCUUCCUCCGCGGUGCCGGGAGCCCGCGUUUUGUUUGUCAGCAGUAAGGCGGUGUGGGCUAAAUCUGUGGCUUUAAGAAAGCCCGAGGGCCGCAAGGCAAACCCGGGAGAAGCCCCUUCCCGUGGGCAAUUGGAACCUUCUGACGCAGAGGAGAAGCCGUCCCCUCUCCCGAACUUAUGACCCGUGGCUUCGCUCCCAGUCUGCCCAGCGAGUUCCACAAGAUGGGCUCCUUCCGCAGGCACCGGCCGCGCUUCAUGAGCUCCCCGGUGCUCAGCGAUCUGCCCCGAUUCCAAGCCACACGGCAGGCUCUGCAGCUGAGCUCCAGCUCGGCCUGGAACAGUGUCCAGACUGCCGUGAUCAACGUCUUCAAAGGGGGUGGCUUGCAAAGCAACGAGCUCUAUGCACUGAACGAAAACAUCAGGAGGCUGCUGAAGAGUGAACUUGGAUCAUUCAUUACAGACUAUUUCCAGAACCAGCUUCUUGCCAAAGGCCUGUUGUUUGUGGAGGAGAAGAUUAAGCUGUGCGAAGGUGAAAAUCGCAUUGAGGUUCUGGCUGAAGUGUGGGACCACUUCUUCACUGAGACUCUCCCCACCCUGCAGGCAAUAUUUUAUCCAGUUCAGGGCCAGGAGCUGACCAUCCGCCAGAUUUCCCUGCUGGGCUUCCGGGACCUGGUCCUGCUGAAGGUGAAGCUGGGUGACUUGCUGCUGCUGGCCCAGUCCCAGCCGCCCCCAUCCAUUGUCCAGAUGUUGCUUAUCCUACAGAGUGUUCACGAGCCCACGGGCCCCAGUGAGGGUUAUCUGCAGCUGGAGGAGCUGGUGAAGCAAGUGGUGUCUCCGUUCCUCGGCAUCAGCGAGGACCGCGGCGUCUCGGGCCCCAUGUAUAUGUUGGCCAGACGCCACUCCAGGGUCCGGCCCAAGGUCGCUGUCCUGAACUAUGCCUCCCCAACGACCACCGUCAGCCGGCCACUGAAUGAGACGGCUCUGACCCCUCUGACGGAGCAAGAGGGGGAGGCCUACCUGGAGAAGUGCGGCAGCGUCCGGCGGCACACGGUGGCCAACGCCCACUCAGACAUCCAGCUGCUGGCCAUGGCCACCAUGAUGCACUCAGGCUUAGGCGAGGAGCCCGGCGGUGAGGACAAGUGUCUGCUCCUGCCGCCCAGCUUCUCCCCACCCCACCGGCAGUGCUCCAGUGAGCCCAACAUCACCGACAGCCCUGAUGAGCUGGAGGAGGUGACAGGGGGCAGCCAGCCGGACUCUGAGCUGAACUGUGCUUCCCUCGGCUGAAAGUCACCUCUGGGACUUCCCAGCUCCAGCCUGGCAACCAGCUAGAGGACUGCUCUGUCCCGGGGGGGUUCUCCAAGGGACUCUUCCUGUGGGCGAUGCUGCCCGUGUCUUUUGGGUGCAGGCCCAGUCCAAGUGCCCGAGGGGACAUCCCGGUUGUGAACCUCUCUGUUUUCGUGACUGUGACCACCUCUUUGCAGCCACACAGACCCAACUGCCUAAUGUUCACUUUCUGCUUGCCUGACUCCAGACCCCCCCCUCUCUGGGCUUUUUCCCCAGAUAGUGGACGGUCUGACCCUCCCAACAAUAUGGCCCAGGGCCCCUGGUGUCACGAUAGCAGGAGGUCGGCUGAGCCACACACAAAGCCAGCAAGGGUGCAUUGGCCUCUGGAGUUCCCUGUUAGGUUCUUGUGAUGUGGGCUCACAGGUGAGGAGAGGUAGUGGAGGGGUGUCUCUCCCCACCCACCCCCAUUCUGCGGGGAGUGGAAGGAGGCAGCAGCCUUCCCAAGCACAACUCUGGGAGGGUGCCUUCCUUACUGUAGUUCACAAUUACUGGGAGGAGCUGCCCCCUCGUGUGGGUGAGGGCCAUUCUCACCUGUAUCCAGACCCUCCCUGCCGCCUUUGCCUUUUGGCCCAGGAGGGCUGCAGGGCUGCGGAAGUCCCCUGGUGGAGUAUUUCCCUCUCAGGCCUCCCCACCAAGCUCAAGGAACUAACCUCCCUGGUGGAGUAGCUGGUGCCUUCAUUCCGCUUUAAUUUCAGACACUGAUCAUUUUCCUGUUGUGGGUGAGGGGCCAGCUGAUAACCAACCAGUUAGUCUGUUCCUGGAUUUGACUUGAAUUUUUUAAAUACGCGUUUCAAAAAAAAAUUGUUCGCAAAUAUUUGCACGUAGGAUCCUGCACUGCUCAUUUCCAAUGGGGUGUGUCUUCAAACUAGAAAAUAGCCACACACACACACACACACACACACACACACCCCACUUAGGAACGCCUCCUGGAAGGGGACCCGUGGUGGGCAGGGCUCAUCAGCUGCGGAGCGCUGGAAGCUGCUGGACCUGAGUCCAGAACGGCCUGUGUUUUGAGUGUCCCGGUCUGUAGCACUGAGGCUGGGAGCCUCAGUCUGUCUCAUGAGCAGAGGCUUGCAGUAAAUGGGAUGUCUCGAUGCUUCACAUAGAGGGAGAUGUGGGCAGGGCCUUCUGGAGAGAUGUUUAUUCCCCGUGAUUAAAGAAAUGCCAGAAGUGCCUGGAAUUUCUAACAGCUGAGCUCUCAAAAGUGCUAUUUGGGGCAGCAGGCUCUGGUACUGUGCUGAAUCAUUAACACUGAUCCCCCCAGGUCUGGGCUUUUUAUCCACCUGUGACGCCUGUUCUUCUCCUUGUAUCUGCUUGUUGGCCUCACUGGCAACUCCAGUGAGAGCUCCAGCAAAAUGAGAAGGAUCCCCUGAACCCUUCAGGCACCUUGUAGGUGGCCUCUUGGUCUUUGGAAACUGGUUAUGAAAUCUCAGAGCCGGGAGCCAGCGUGACUUCCGACAUGGCAGGAAGAGCCUGGGAGAAGAUGAAGACAGUGUCAGCUGCCAGCUGGGGAAGAGGCCUUCUAAGCACAUCGACGCCAUGACGGCACAUCCCUUCUGGGUGAAGAUCUGGAACGUGACCAGAGUCAUGCUUUCGAUGGCUUGUAAUUUGGAAAGUUUCUUUAAAAAGUUGUCUCAUUUUUAUUCUUCUAAGGGAGGGGGGAAGAGAAAUGUCCAGAGGAGAUCUUCGGAGAAUUUCGAACAAAAAAUAAUAUCUGUGUAUGUGUUGGAUAAAAGUCCACAAAUUGACUAACGUGCAUUAGCAAAUAGAACAUCACUAAGUAACAACAUGAUGAUUUAUUUAACUGAUGGUGUCUGUCCUUACUGGUACACUUAGCACUUGGGACUAGUUAUUUAUUGAUCCAGGCAAAGUAAUUAAUCAUGCUUGGGUUUGCUUUUUCCGUUUACAACGUUAAUGAUCUAUAUGCUUUUAAAUGCCUUGUCCAUCUACUAAAUGCCCCUGAUGAGGACAGCAGUCAUCGGUUAAACAUGUCAGCUCUUGGGAUAAGAACGGGAGUAUCAGUGCAGACCCAGGGCCUUAGUUGCCGAUGACUGUUGGCCAGUUUACAACUUCAUGUUUGAUGUGUCUCCCUGAUGUCAUACAGUGCAUAUUUCAGACUGUACACCCACAGUUUUGUUGGUGUUUAUGGGCAUUUUAGCCAUCCGAGCUAUGGCAGGAGUGGUGGCUGCAGUGUUUGCAACCACUUUGUUGCCCCUUUAGAAGAUGAAGCUAGAAUCUUCCGGUGGCUGAGUUCUAAUGACAGGAAGCUAUCACGACUCCAAGCUCUGAGUGAGCUCACCAACCAAAAACCUUUCAUGUUUGUCUGUUUCCAAAAUAGAAGUCAAUAAACAUCAUUUUGUACACGUC